CGCGCCCACCCACUUCCGCUUCCGCUCCCGCUCCUCUUUGCGCGACCAUGGCAUCUCGGAGGGACGGUGCUGGCGGUGCCGCGGCAUCUGCUGCGCUCGGCUCUCCCGUCAAACAGGUUCAGAUCGACGGGCUGGUUGUGCUGAAGAUCAUCAAACAUUUCCAGGAGGAGGGUCAAGGCAGUGAAGUGGUCCAGGGGGUUUUGUUGGGACUUGUGGUAGACGAUCGCCUCGAAAUUACCAAUUGUUUCCCCUUCCCUCAACAUACAGAAGAGGAUGCUGACUUUGAUGAAG